AUGGAAAUCGAUGUGCCCCAGCAACCAGCAUCAUGUUCUGAAGAAAUAAUACUGUUUAUUAAUGCUUUUGUUGUUAACAGGUAUGGGAUGAAAUGCCUUAUUCAGUUUGAGGAUUUUGCCAACAUUAAUGCCUUCCGCCUGUUGAGUAAAUACCGCAACAAAUACCUCACAUUCAAUGAUGACAUCCAAGGCACUGCUUCUGUGGCUGUGGCUGGCCUCCUAGCUGCCCUUCGCAUUACCAAAAGCAAAAUGUGUGACCAUACUAUUGUGUUUCAGGGUGCAGGCGAGGCUGCAAUGGGCAUAGGUGAGCUGAUUGUCAUGGCAAUGGAGAAAGAGGGUCUUCCUCGUGAGCAGUGUAUAAAGAAAAUCUGGAUGGUGGACUCUAAAGGACUUAUAGUAAAGGGUCGAGAUCACCUCACCCAUGAGAAAGAGAGGUUUGCACAUGAGCAUGCACAAAUGAAAAAGCUUGAGGAUGUUGUAAAGGAGCUGAAACCCACAGCUAUAAUUGGGGUGGCAGCAAUUGCCGGCGCUUUCACAGAAGAGAUAAUCAAGUCCAUGGCAUCCUUCAAUAAGAAUCCUAUUAUCUUCGCUCUCAGCAACCCCACCAGCAAAGCUGAGUGUACAGCUGAACAGUGCUACACACUCACUGAGGGAAGGGGGAUAUUUGCAAGCGGAAGUCCUUUUGAUCCAGUAACUCUUCCCGAUGGGAGGAAGUUCUACCCUGGUCAGGGAAAUAACUCGUAUGUGUUCCCUGGAGUGGGGCUGGGAGUCACUGCUUGUGAAAUGAGACACAUCCCUGAGGAUGUUUUCCUUGUUACAGCUGAGGCUAUAGCAGAACUGGUGACUGACAAGGAUCUCGCAGAGGGUCGUCUGUAUCCUCCUCUCAGCAGCAUUCGGGAAGUUUCCAUCAAACUGGCUGUGAAGAUAGUGGAGUAUGCAUAUAAGCACAAAAUGGCUACGCUGCACCCAGAGCCGCAAGAUAAAGAUGCUUUCAUCCGUUCACUCAUCUAUAGCACAGACUACCAAGAGUUUGCUGUGGACUCAUACAGCUGGCCUGAAAAUGCCAUGACCGUCCAAACAUGUAAACUAUGACCAUCCAAAAUACACAGACCACAGUGAGAUUCAUAAAAAAUUAUAAUAUGCGGAAAUGUAUUUUUAAAAAUCUGUUUUAAGUGUGAUGUUAGUCAUGAUUAUAUGCAAACAGUACUGUAAACCAAUUUUAUCCUUAAUAAAAGGUGUACUUUA